AUGACUUACACCAACUUUACUAUCUUCCAUCCUGGAGUUUUUGUCUUACUUGGCAUCCCUGGGUUGGAGGCUUAUCACAUUUGGUUGUCAAUACCCCUUUGCCUCAUGUAUAUCACUGCACUCCUAGGGAACAGCAUGCUGAUAGUGGUCAUCAUCACAGAACGUAAUCUUCAUGAGCCAAUGUAUUUCUUCCUGUCUAUGUUGGCCAUCACUGAUAUCCUGCUAUCAACCACUACUGUACCCAAGGCCCUAGCCAUCUUUUGGCUGCAUGCUCAUGACAUUACCUUUGAUGCCUGUGUCACCCAAGUCUUCUUUGUCCACACAAUGUUUGUGGGGGAGUCGGCCAUCUUGUUAGCCAUGGCCUUUGACCGCUUUGUGGCCAUAUGUGCCCCUCUGAGAUAUACAACCGUGCUAACAUGGCCUGCUGUAGGAAGGAUUGCUGUGGCCAUUGUCAUCCGAAGCUUCUGCAUCAUCUUCCCAGUGAUCUUCUUGCUAAAGCGACUACCCUUCUGUCAAACCAAUAUCAUCCCCCAUUCAUACUGUGAGCAUAUUGGAGUGGCCCGCUUAGCCUGUGCUGACAUUACUGUUAACAUCUGGUAUGGCUUCUCAGUGCCCAUUGUCAUGGUCAUUUUCGAUGUUAUUCUCAUUGCUGUGUCUUACUCACUGAUCCUCCAAGCAGUAUUUCGUUUGCCCUCCCAGGAUGCUCGGCACAAGGCCCUCAGCACUUGUGGGUCUCACCUCUGUAUCAUCCUCAUGUUUUAUGUCCCAUCAUUCUUUACCUUAUUGACCCACCGCUUUGGCCAUAACAUUCCGCGACAUGUCCAUAUACUGCUGGCCAAUCUUUAUGUAGUGGUGCCACCAAUGCUCAACCCUAUUGUCUAUGGUGUGAAGACUAAGCAGAUUAGGGAGAGUGUAAUUCACUGGUUCUUUGGCAUCAAGACUUGGUGCUGUGCUUCCCCUUUAGGCUGA